GAAAACGUCACUUCCUGAGAUGCAGUGGGGCGGAAGUCACUGGACCCUGCGGAAGGAACUUGCAGGAGCCUUUAUGCCUUUAAUGUUUCCAACGCAAACAAAGCCUAGACGCCUUGAUUAAAUUGUAUCAGAUCGGUGUUAUGGCGAUCCUUUUCGCUGUGGUAGCUCGUGGAACCACUAUACUUGCCAAACAUGCCUGGUGUGGAGGAAACUUUCUCGAGGUGACGGAGCAAAUUUUGGCAAAGAUUCCAUCCGAAAACAACAAAUUAACCUACUCGCAUGGCAGCUACCUCUUCCACUACAUCUGUCAUGACCGAAUUAUCUAUUUAUGCAUCACCGAUGACGACUUUGAGCGGUCACGUGCAUUCGGUUUUCUGAAUGAAAUCAAGAAACGUUUCCAGACCACCUAUGGAUCUCGGGCUCAGACGGCGUUACCCUACGCCAUGAACAGCGAGUUCUCCAGCACGCUUGCUGCGCAAAUGAAACAUCACUCAGAUCCAAGAGGCGGGGAUCGACUGGUAGAGACACAGGUGCAGGUGGAUGACUUGAAAGGCAUUAUGGUCCGGAAUAUAGAUCUCGUGGCACAAAGAGGAGAGAAGCUGGAACUUCUCAUUGACAAGACGGAGAACUUGGUGGACUCGUCCGUCACCUUUAAAACAACGAGUCGCAACCUGGCUCGGGCCAUGUGUAUGAAGAACCUAAAAAUGACGAUCAUCAUCGUAAUUGUAGUAAUCGUGAUCCUGUUGAUCAUAGUGACGGCUGCAUGCGGAGGCGUGAAUUGGCCCAACUGCCGGAGCAAGUAGCUUCAUCCUUCACGCUAACUGACCUGGAGGGGAAACAAACCACUCACUCAAAACCAUUAUGCCAUCAUUAGAUUUAUCAGGUAUUCCUGAACUGUCUUCUGUUUAACCCUCAUCAUAAUGACUUUGCAGCUUUACACAUACCCAGGACUCCCAGGAGAGCCACACACUCUUUCCAAAUCCCUUCGUCUUAAUCCAGGAUUCAAUCCAGCCAAUGUUUGUGAGUGCGAUUUCUUUCUGGACUGUUUUCUCUUAUCCCAUAUUGUAAAACAGUUCUGUUGGUAAUGAACAUGUAUGUUAGCAUGGCACAGUUUUAUGCGAACGCAUUUGUGCACAUUUAGCACACUGUUUGUGUGCGAGGUGGUUUUUCAGUGCACCACGCAGAGAUCUUAAAUCACAACCCCCAGUUAAGAACUACUCAUCAGCCUAAUGCCUAGAGCGUACACUUCAUCCUGCGGAAUAAAAAGAAAUAUUCAUGAAAUGUUAUGUAUUAAUAAAUCGAAAGUUUAUACAUUGUAUUAUACACUAUUAUAUCACUGAUAUAUGAAGUGAUUGAAAUAUUGAAAUUCCAGAUAUAUUAGAGAUAUUAGUGUUUAAUAUCUGAAGGAAAAAAGUGAGAAAACAAGCAGUGUCCGUGUGUAGGAAAGUGUGUGUAAAGCUCACAGAUACAGAUUUUUCAGUUCUUCCCUCUUAGGAGAUAAAUAACCAAUGCACAGUUCUAACAUGGUGGGAUGGUAUAAGUGCCACUUGUUCAUGUUUUUUUAAGAGCAAAUUAUAAUCUAAUUUAGAUUAUAGACUUUUAUUCAUCUAUAAGAACCCAAAAUAGAGUAACCCUGUACAGGCCAUUUUUUUUUUUUUUAUUAUUAUUAUUACGUGUAUAUAGACAUCUAUCUGAACUACAGUAAUGCUGGCUUAAUGAUUUCUCUAAACAGUUUUAUCUCAAAGUUUAUAGUUUCACUUAAUCUAUAGAUUAUGUGUAAUAACAUGGAUUAUGUUUUCUACUUCUGAUCAAUGUGAUGUGCAUUGUAUCACAGUAACUACGCACCACUUCAGUACAGACAAACAGAUCAGACAGCCUAAAGUUCUAUUACGUACAUGCCUCGACUCAUAUUGAGCUCGAAUACAAUAAAAUUGUGUGUAAUUGUAUGUAUACAAUUAGUAUACAAUAGUAGUAUUUUAAGAGCUACAAAGGAUUAGUAUACACUGGUGAGUGUGAAGAGACUUUCUCUUGUCUCCCUUGAUUGUUACAUAUGUGUCAAUUAAUAAAUUUUUUUUUUUUUUUUAUCCGCAAUGCACUUUUUAGUUUGCUUUUUGCCAUAAUAAUGUAAUUAUUAAGAAUCUUGUAAUUAUUUAAUUCUUCAUCAAAUUGAAAAGAAUAAAGUUUUAUCUUAAGUG